ACGAGAGACAGAGCCGGCAUGGCAUGCCGCUAUCGCACACUGAUUGCAAUUAGCUGCAUUUCCUCCCAUCUUCUUCCUUCCUUCCUACCCUGUUCCCCCCUCCCCCGCUACUGAGUUGAAUCAUUCCAACUCAUAGCUCCGCCCCGCACAUAAAUCAGCUUCACAAGCCGAUUUAGUCUGUUCUCGCCUACUACGGAGCAAAUCGCUGCUGCCUUCUCGACUCCACCGCAGAUCUCAUACUUUGCUCCCGCGCGAGAAUCCGUCGGAACUGAUCAUACUCAUCGUUCGAUCGGCAGUUCGAAACAUACCUGUUGUCCUGCUCCAUCGGCCACCUAGUACAGGUUCCAGAAGCUCAAAUGGCCGAGGCUGUACUCAUUGCGGUGACGAAGAUUGCUUCCAUUGUAACAGAUGAAGCCGUCAAGGGCAUCAUAGCUAAGCUGUCUGAAAAAUUUACUAACCUGAAGGAACUUCCGCUAAAGAUUGAGCAAAUAAGAAAGCAGCUGACUAUUAUGAGCAACGUAAUAACUAAGAUAGGAACGGUAUACCUCACGGAUGAAGUAGUCAGGAGUUGGAUUGGGGAGGUCCGCAAUGUGGCCUACCAUGUUGAAGAUGUAAUGGAUAAAUACUCAUACCAUGUUCUUCAACUUAAGGAAGAAAGGUUCCUGAAGAAAUACUUCGUCAAAGGAACACAUUAUGCCAAAGUUUUCAGUGAAAUUACGGAUGAGGUAGUUCAGGUAGAGAAGGAAAUUCAGCUAGUUAUACAGAUGAAAGGCCAGUGGUUGCUGCCAUCCCAGCUUGUUGCUAACCCACUUACUGAGAUGGAAAGACAGCAGUCCAAAGACAACUUCCCUGGACUUGUCAAAGAUGAAGAUUUAGUAGGGAUUGAAGAAAACAGAGCAUUGCUGACUGAAUGGUUGUACUCCGAAGAGCUGGAUAACACUGUCAUAACAGUAUCGGGCAUGGGUGGAUUGGGAAAAUCCACCCUAGUUUCAAAUGUUUAUGAACGUGAAAAGAUAAACUUUUCUGCGCAUGCAUGGAUUGUUGUGUCACAAGUUUACACUCUUGAUGUCCUGUUGAGGAAGCUACUGUGGAAGAUUGGAUAUACCGAACAACCGCUGUCAGCAGGUAUUGACAAAAUGGAUGUGCAUGACUUGAAAAAGGAAAUACAGCAGAGACUUGGAAAUAGAAAAUAUCUGAUUGUACUGGAUGAUGUCUGGGAGCAAGAGGUAUACUUCCAAAUGCACGAUGCUUUCCAGAAUCUCCAAGGAAGUCGCAUCAUCAUUACAACCCGGAAGGACCAUGUAGCAGGAAUUUCUUCUCCGACCCGUCAUCUUGAGCUCCUGCCACUGGGUAAUCCUGAUGCAUUUGACCUCUUCUGCAGAAGGGCUUUUUAUAACAGGAAGGGUCAUAUUUGCCCCAAAGAUCUUGAGGCAAUUGCUAUUUCUAUCGUUGACAGGUGCCAUGGCCUGCCUCUAGCAAUUAUUACAAUUGGCAGCCUGUUGUCAUCGAGACAAGGAUUAGACUUUUGGAAAAAUAUGUACAACCAGCUUCGAAGUGAGUUGUCAAACAAUGAUCAUGUCCGAGCUAUUUUAAAUCUGAGCUACCAUGACCUUUCAGGCGACCUCAGAAACUGCUUCUUGUACUGCAGUCUCUUUCCUGAAGAUCACCCCAUGUCACGUGACAGCCUUGUGCGUCUGUGGGUUGCAGAAGGAUUUGUGCUGGGUAAAGACAAGAACACACCAGAGAUGGUAGCUGAGGGAAAUCUCAUGGAAUUGAUCCACCGCAAUAUGCUUGAGGUGGUGGAGAAUGAUGAGCUUGGUAGAGUCACCACCUGUAAGAUGCAUGAUAUUGUGCGUGAACUGGCUAUUUCUGUUGCUAAGGAAGAGAGGUUUGCUUCAGCAAAUGACUACGGCACAAUGAUACAGAUGGGUAAGGAUGUUCGUCGGCUCUCAUCUUGUGGAUGGAAGGACAACACCGCGCUGAAACUUAAUCUUCCACAUCUUCGAACUGUAGUGGCACUUGGAGUAAUUUCACCCUCUCCGAGCAUGCUGUCGUCAAUUUUGGCUCAAUCCAACUACCUUACAGUUCUUGAGUUGGAAGACUCUGAAGUCACUGAAGUUCCAACAUCCAUAGGGUCCCUAUUCAAUCUACGUUACAUCGGGUUACGACGCACCAGGGUCAAGUCACUUCCAGACUCUAUUGAGAAUCUGUCUCACCUCCACACCCUGGACAUUAAGCAAACCAAAAUAGAGAAGCUACCGCGAGGACUUUUCAAGAUCAAGAAGCUGCGGCACCUUUUUGCUGAUAGAUAUGCUGAUGAGAAGCAGACGGAGUUUCGGUACUUUAUUGGAGUGCAAGCACCUAAAGAUCUGUCCAGCUUGGAAGAACUUCAAACUCUCGAGACUGUGGAGUCCAGCAAUGACUUGGCGGAGCAGCUGAGGAAACUGAUGCAACUUAGAAGCGUGUGGAUUGAUAACAUUAGUGCUGCUGACUGUGGAAACCUAUUUGCUACCCUGUCAACUAUGCCACUUCUUUCGAGCCUGCUUCUUUCUGCAAGGGAUGAGAAUGAGGUACUUUGCUUCCAGGCUCUCCAGCCAACGUCUGCAGAUCUACACAGGUUGAUUAUCAGAGGGCAAUGGGCCAAGGGGACACUAAAUUGUCCGAUCUUUCUCAGCCAUGGGAAAAACCUGAAGUAUCUAGCUCUAAGCUGGUGUCACCUUGGGGAAGACCCACUGGGGAUGCUCGCGCCCCACAUGCCGAACCUCACAUAUCUGAAACUGAACAACAUACGUAGCGCAAAUACUUUGGUUCUUGCUAAAGAUUCCUUUCCAAACCUGAAGACGCUUGCCUUGAAGCUCAUGCCUGAUGUCAAGGUGAUAAACAUCAAUAGUGGCGCUCUUCCAUGCAUUGAAGGUCUGUUUAUUGUGUCGCUGCCGAAACUUGAUAAGGUCCCCCAAGGCAUUGAAUCUCUUCACUCCCUGAAGAAGCUCUGGAUGCUGGCUUUGCACAAGGAUUUCAGAAGUAAGUGGCUCAAUGACAGAAUGCACCAAAAUAUGCAGCAUGUUCCAGAGGUUCGUGUCUAGAUGUGGCAAGUCGGUUCUUUCAGCAGUGCCAUUCUUGUAUGCCGCAUCCAGUGCAACUGCUUCGUACUUUUGAUCAUUCCAAUGAGUUCGCAAUUAUCGACAUCUCACAUCACCAGUAGCAUUUGGUCAGUACUUGUAUGCUGUAACACAUCUAUUCCUCAAAGAUUGGCGUUCCAGAGGCCUCUGUACCGUUUUGUGGUUUGUAAGUUAUGUGUUCUUAGUAUGAUUUCGCACAAUGGUAUGUAUUGUUUCUGCCAAACAUCUUCUGUGAUGAAUCAUGGCGAACAUAUCAUUUUAUAUCUUGAUCUAUGUCACUGUAUAUAUAAUACUAUAAUCCCAUGAUCUGGUAAUUCUGAUUCGCCAAGAGGUAUGAUUCAUACA